AGAUAAGUCAUAGAGCACGAAAGAGCAAAAUAAACGGAGAAGAAGAAUAAGAAGAAGAAGUAGGGAAAAAGAAGACUUUGACAUUUCAAUACAUACAGUGUAUUUUCCUUUAAACUUCUUAUUUUUGGUUUCUUUUUUCGGCCAAAUGAAACGAAGAAUGCAAUUUCAUUGAAAAGAAGUUGAUUUGGUGAAAUCAAUGUGCGAUCGAAUGGGGGAAUAAGUGUCGCGGAACAAAUCGAACAAGAAAUAGAAACCAUUGUAACAAAUUGAAGAAAACGAAACGAACCGAACGAACGAACGAAAAACAAAAAACGGUGCGAUAAUUAAACGUGAUAAACACGACGUAUUGAAAUAUCCAUUGAGGAUUGUGUGUGUCGACCAUCUAACGCAAAAAAUAGUAGAAUGAUUCAUAUUAAAUGAAAUUUUGUUCCGGAGCUGUAGUGAAUAAGACAAAAAAAGAGAAAUACGUCAAACGUGAUUUUCCAAACACAAAUAAAUUGGUUGAGUGUGUUAUUUGUCUUUAUUUUGAUUUCGAACAAAAGAAACAAAAAUUCGAUUCGAAUUUUUUAUUUUCGAAACUAUCGUCGCUCAUGCACGUCUUUAGCCGCCGCACCUAAAAGAUGGAUAUCGUUGAUAUCAAUAAGGUUUUGGACGAUCUUGAGCUCAACGAAGAACAACAUUCAAAGUUGAACAAGUCAUCUCCAGCGAUCAAUGAAAGCAAACAGCCCGAUCUGUAUGCCUCAUACAAGUAUGGACAAAUAUCGAGCGGACCAACAGCGCCAUCGGUAUCUACGACCAGUUCGGCAUCGGCUGUGCCACCACCACCCAUCGUAAAUCGUAUCACAAAAACGAAUUUCGUCAAAGUAUCCAACGUAUUUAAUAGUUUGAAUGAAUAUGUGAAUGCUGGCAUUGACACGGUGAAAAUUCCGGAAGAAAACGCAACAUCGCAUCAUAUGACACUGAAUUCAAAAGAGGCGUUUGUAACGCCGUCCAAUUCAAGCUUUGUUGUUAGUAGGAAAAAUGAAUUAGUUGAAAAUAAUUCGGGUGAAAUGACCGCAUCGAAUAGUCGCAAAUUUUCAACAGAAGUGCAACCAAUUGACAAUACUGGACUCCCAACCGAAGAGGAAGUGCGACCGUUAACAUUGCCCAAGGCAAACUUUUGGCCUGCACAAGUAACUAUUAGCUUGACGAGUAAUCCCGAAAAAUCGAAUCACGAGCAAUUGAUACAAGAUCAUUCGAAAGCAGAUCUAUUCGUUCCGGUGCGAUCCGAUCAAUUUCAACCAUCAAAUCAACUAGAGCAAUUCGUAUCAACAUCGUCUUCAGAUCAAUUUAUACCAACGUCCGAUCUUCCUUCAUACGAAGAAUGCCAAAAUGUUCAGGAUUCUAGUAAAAUUAUCACCGGUUCAACUGAUUUUAGUAAAAUUCAUGCCGAUUCAAAUGAAACGGAGAGUUCCGUUCAUGAUGAUGAUGAAAACGGUGAUGAGGAGGAGGAGGAGGAAAACGAGUUAACUUCAAGUGAAUCAGAUAAUUCGGAAAGCGAUACGGGAGAUGAAAAGACCACGGAUCCAGCGUGUGGGGAGAGAACGGUCGAUUCGGUGGAAUUUCGAACGGAAUUGUCAUCGGUGGUGCCACCCACUUCGCUAUCUUUGGAAAUAACCGCAUCACAUGAGACCGAUACCGCGCUACCCGAUGUCAUCAAUGGUGAGUCUAGUGAAAUUUUAGCCAAAGAAUUCAUUAAUCAAGUAGAAAACAAAGACGAAGGCCGUGCAGCGAAUGUGACGAAAAAUGCAAAUGUUGCAGCAAAUCAAGCGAUUGAUGCCGAGAAAAAUACAUCGAAUGAUCGCUUUAUAAAGCCGAUCACUUUUGAAACGGCUGCAACAAUGGAUGACGUUUCUGACACGGAAUUGGAGAGCUAUUUGCAAGAAUUGGAAGAUUUGGAAGACAAUCCAAUGCUUGUCGUUAGGCCGAAGAGUGAUUCAAUGAAAAGUGCCAUUGAUUCGAUGAAAUCGGAGGGUAUUGAACCGUAUGUAAAUGAUGGCAAUAUUUACAGUGUGGAUCAUUCGAUUGAACAUGUCGGUGAAUUGAAUCAAAUUGCAUCAAGAGAUGAUCGCAAUGCAGACAGCUUUUCACAGGCAUCAACUGUUGAAUUUGGUGAAGUCAAUGCCAUUUCCGGCAAUGAGCAGCUACCCAACGUGAAUACCGAUCAAUUGGAAUCGGUACAACACAUUGAACCGGUGAUGGAAAGUAUCGAUUCGGUUGUGGAUGCCGAAUCAACCGUUGAAAUGAGCGAAAAUCAGGGCGAUAAUCAAGCGGAAGCUAAUCCACAAAACGAAAGCACCAGCGAAUUGGAAGACGAUGGAGGCGAAAGAGAAAUCUCGUCAGACCUAGAACAACAUAAUGAAUGCUCGGAAUGUGAGCUCGAUCAACAAGCAGCCGGUGUUGCAAAACGACCAAAUUCCCUGAACUUACAGAAUUGCAACACAACGCUGGUCGAUCAACAACAAUCACAACAAAACCCAUCGAAUUCUGCGACCAAUUUUUCCAACGAUGAAAAUGCCGGCAACACACCAGCCGCAUGCGGACAAUUUUUGUCAUCGUCCAUCUCUUCGGAUGAUUCCAAUAUUGCAAACGACAAUAAUCAAAUGAUUCACCAAAUGGAAAACAGUCAAUCAAACAUAGAUAGUGAAUCAGCAAAUGAGUCGAAUGCUAGUGAGAAUUAUGCGGACCAGUCAAUGACAGCGCAUCCGAAUGCAGCGAACAUUUCCAUUCAUCAAAUUGGUAAAAUGGCACCAUACUGGGUGCCUGAUAAUAUGACCGUAUUUUGUAUGCAGUGCAAUCAAAAGUUUUCGUUCAUCAAACGGCGGCAUCAUUGUAGAGCCUGUGGCCUAGUCCUUUGUUCGGCCUGUUGUUCGCUGAAAGCCAAAUUGGAAUACCUUGGUGACGUUGAAGCUCGAAUUUGUGUACAAUGUGAUAUUUUACUGAACCAAAACAGGGAUUCGAAUCGUAAUUUAGGCAAUCGUCAGAUGAAUGAGGCGGCGUCAGCUGAGGUGGAUCCUUCGGCUGGUAUAAAUUCACCAUACGAAGAUAUGCCUUCACCAAUGGCACGCUCACCAAACCCCAACAAUCCAAUGGAAUAUUGUUCAGUCAUUCCACCACAUCAGCAGGUCACUUCGUCGGCAGCGGCCCCGAUUUCAGUAAUGGUUCCCGUUGGUGUGUUGAAACGCGAAGGUGUUCCACCCAAAUCCCAACGCAAAGAGAAAAAUGUCAUGUUCAGCGAUGGCAUUCGACCCGGCUGCGAUUUGACCGACUUAGACAAUAGCUGGGACUCACGACCCAACAACCGAAAUGGUGUCUCAUCGCCAUCUGGAUCCGAGCCAAAGCAAUCAUCGAAAUCAAAGACCAGCACCAAUUUGAAAUUGCCAUCUCUCGAUCCAAAAACCAAUUCGUAUAUUCCAGCAUCAACACCAACAAACGGUGGUAUCCCCGAUAGCAAAUUGCCGCCGAUUUGUGUAUCAACACGAACCGAAUUCAAAUAUGCCGAAGUGAAUAAUAACGAGCAGCUCAUCGAGCGCCUACAAAAUCAACAGCUUAAAUUUAUGAUACAACGAAAUUUCUAUGUUUUAGUCAAAAUAGUCAAAUUAACGUGUUGCAUCAAUAAGGCUGUGAUUAAUUUCACAACGCAGGGAAUGCAUCUGGUGGGACAAGAUGAAAUUGUUAUUUUGCUGGAAUUGGACUCAUCGAAUCAAUUACCGAAAGACAUUUUUCUUCAUUUAAAUGAAAUAUACAGGGAUGCCGACAAAGGUCAAGCAAUAACCGAAUUGGGCUUUUCAAUGGCUGGUUCGACGCCAUUCUUGGGAUCAAAGGAGCACGGCGGCUUCUUAUUCAUUCGAACUUCAUUUCAAUGCAUGCAAAAUAUAAUAAUACCCGAGAAUCCAUACCUAAUUGGCAUUCUAAUCCAUCGAUGGGAAGUGCCGUGGGCGAAAAUAUUCCCAUUGCGUUUGAUGCUACGUCUGGGUGCCUUACACCGAUACUAUCCAUCACCGCAUGUGAGCGUGCGCGGUCGUAAUUCCGUUUAUGCGGAAAUUGCUCAAACGAUUAUCAAUUUUUUGGCCGAUUUUCGAACAUAUUCCUAUACAAUACCGACCAUUCGUGGCAUGUACAUUCACAUGUGCGAAGAUCGACGCACAAAUGUGCUCAUUCCACGGAAUCGUUACGAUCAAGUAAUGAAAGCAUUGAACAACUCAAGCGAUCACAUCUUUGCAUUGGCUGCAAAUUUCUCGGAAUUGGCUGAUGGGCAUUUGGUUUGUGUACAAAACACGGAAUCAGGUUGCGCUGAAACCCAUGCCUACUCAACACAAGCGAUCAACAUACAGGGAAAGCCGAGAAAAGUAACUGGCGCCAGUUUUCUUGUAUUAAACGGCGCACUGAAGACAACAUCCGGUCUGUCGGGAAAGUGUAGCAUUGUUGAAGAUGGGCUAAUGGUGCAAAUUCUUCCGAAAAAAAUGGUAGCUAUUCAACAAGCACUGAAAACAAUGAAAGACAUCGACAUUGUUUGCGGCCCCGUCAAUGGUGAUGAAUCGCAAACGGAACUAGUGUGCAUACAAUGGGUCGAGAACGAUACGAACUUUAAUGUCGGGGUCAUUUCGCCGAUUGAUAAGAAACCGAUGGAUGGAAUACCAAGCAUAAGAGUUCAUCAUGGUUUGGAUUUCGCCAAUUCCAAUCAUAUUAUUCGUUGGACAGAGGUCUUUAUUUUGAAGUCGGACGAUGAAUCCGCACAUGGCAAAGACCCUAUCGACAUGUCAAAAUUGUCGGAGCAAAUAGCGAGAAGUGCAAGCAUGGCGCUGGUUUCUUUUUUGGAUCUUUUAUCAACGAAUGGUAUGACCAAGUUGGCUAUUCGAGCCACACUUGAUCAGGAUCAAGUGUGCUAUGAGGCUGGCUCAAACUAUGAUAAAUUAGCACCGCUCUACAUGAAUGCACUGGACAAUGAAUUGAUACCGACUCUGCAUCGGCAAGCGACCAACUUGCAAUUGGAUCAAACGAUUAGUUUAGAGUUGGUAUUUAACAUCAUGGAUGUGUAAAAAAAACAAAAACUAAAACAACCAAUCAGAAAUCUUUGCUCAGUUUUUCGAAACCGAAUCUAUUUCUCUGACUUUGCGCUCGGCAAAUAGCCCGAUAUUCCGUAUCGGCUGUCAGUAUUUCUCUUAUUUUCUUUUUCUCAGCAUAAAUUCGCGUAACCAAUAUGAAGUGAGAGCGCCAUAUAAAAACAAAAAUAUUACAAACUCUUAACAAAUGAUUACCUGUGAUAGAAAAUUUACUAAACAAAAAAAACGAAAAGAAACGAACAGAAGAUCUGUACGAAACUGCGUGACUAGCUAAGAAUUGAAUAGUGACUGAGAGAUGGGUUAGGCGUAUGUGUUUGUGUGUAAGAGAGAGAGAGAGAGAGAGAGAGAGAGAGAGAGAGAGAGAGGAGAGCCAGAUCUCCGAAUCAGGAAUAUUUUCAGGAUUGUUAUUGGCUCAAACUCAGUUGGAAUGGAGAAGAAAAACCAACAAUUCAUGUACCAUUCCAGAAAGAAAAUCGUUUGGCCUUUUUGUUAGGUGAUUUGUGAUGUAAAGUGAUUGUUGUUUUGUUCAAAUUUUGUUUCUUGAAUUCAACUGCAUUAUCGAUAAUUUGAUAUAUGGCAUUAUCAUAUAUAUUGGGCAAAGCCGUUGAAAUGUGCGCCUGAAACGCUGAUUCGAAAGAAAAAUUUAUGGACGAAAUGAAAAAAAAGAAAGAAAUUAUAUUCUAUUUUCGAUGGCUCCACAUCAAUUGAAGCAAUUGAACAGAACUUGCCUUAUUUGUUACACCCCUCCCCGCCAGAACAAAGAAAAAUAGAAACACAUACACAAACCUAAACCAACACCACAGAAACUGUAAACAUUCUUUAUGAAUUAAAUUGCACAUAAAAUUAUUGAAUUAUAAA